UCUGCGUCAUGUUGUGUUGUUGCGUAUCUAUGCUCCGUCUCCUUUUUGUAGCUCUUUGCUGAUUACUAUGGCGACCUCUGCUUCAUUUCACGGCGUUGUCGGUCUUCAAAACGGAAGCAGCCUGACGGACAGUGUGAAUGUGGCGGAGAAGCUGAAGGAGGAAAUCAAGGAAGAAUCCCCGAAGGUGCAUGCUGCUCGAUUGGGUAUGUAUGAUGUUAUGACGCGCGAGGUGUGUACGUGGCAGCCUGCGCGGCUGCUGUGCGAGCGCUUUGGCGUCAAGGACCCGGUUCUGGAAAUCCUUGUCGAUACCUCUGGCCUGUCAACGCAGACUGCGAGACCUGAGUUCACAAGCAUAGCGUUAGCAGACGAAUUCGCUGGUGCAAGGGCGGGAGCGAUGCAAGUGGAGAGUGGGGGUUCCAGAAGUAGUAAGCACGACGUUGCGAAUAUCGGCAUGGGGGAAGAUGAUGGGCGGGGGGAUGAUGUGCUCACGUAUGAGCGUCCUGGGUUGGAUAUUGUUGAAGCAAAUUUUACAAGUGAUGAUGAAGAGAGCGACGAGGAGAAGGAUUAUAUAGACAAUGUCGAUGAGGUGGACGAGCCCCCUGCCGUCUAA